UCUCUUGCUCACUCCUGCUGCUGUCAGCACUGCUGCAGUGAUGUCAGGUGAGAUUCACAUGUAACCACAGGAUUGAUGGGUUUUUUUUAACUUCUGAAACCAUGACAGGGUGCUGCAGGUGAAGUGGGGAUCCAGUCAGUGUCUGACAUAGCCAGUGAUGGGGACAAACAGCCAGAGCACCGCCACCAUGGACACUGAAGAUGACGCCCCAGUUCCGGCUCAGUUUGGCGAUGACACUGCAGUGGGCAUUGUCUCUGUGAAAGGCUUAAAGGAGAACUGGCAGAAGUGGUCUGACGAGCACCAGGAGUACCAGAAGCACAACCCCUUCAGUCACGAUGCCAGGCCCAGCGCAUUAGUCCCUCAGAGGGGGCAGGAUGACUACGGGAGGCCCCUGCAGGGCUCCAUGACGGAGCAGCGGGGGAAGGAUGCUCACUCGCGCGUCAGCAUAGAGGUUCAGGAGCUGUGUGAGGUGAUUAGGAACAUUGGGGAGAUGAAAGACUGCGACGGGGAAGGAAGCAGCUGCGAUGGGAAAUCGGUCCGUGUAGAAUUUGGGAAACUGUUUGAGCAUUAUGUGACUAUCUCCAAUAAACUGGUGGGGAUUCUUCUGCGAGCGAGGAAGCAGAGGCUGGUUGACUUUGAGGGGGAGAUGCUGUGGCAGGGGAAGGAUGACCAUGUGGUUAUCAGUCUGUUACAGUGAACUGGAUUGGUGUUGAUGCCUUUAUUCGUGUUGCAUCUCCAGUGGUUGGUGCAGAGCUACUUCAUAGCAGCACUCACGGCAGUUAACACAUAUCUUGCACUAUUUCUAUUCCAGUCAUGUAAUGGCACUUUAAUUUAGGGGGAAAAAAUAUUUUCAAGACUUACACAACUAUAGACCUCAGUGGCUGAUCUUUAAAUCCACCCCACGCCUCAGAUAACAUUAGAUGUACAAGUGCAUUUUCUCUUAAUGCUACAAACAAGUCAUUGACAGUUAGAAAUGUUGUAAAGCAGACAUAUAUAAGGCCAAUUAGCAGCAUUUGUGAGCAAUGAAAGAGGUCAGGCCACCAUCAGCAUGUUGACAAUUGAGUUUUCAAAAAAAUUAAUAGUCCUCUUAACCAUUUGUUCCUAUCUAAUUUAAGGAUGAAAGGCCAUCCAUCUAUUAUAUAUACCACUUAUCCUUUUGAGGGUCGCGGGGGGGAGCUGGAGCCAAUCCCGGCUGACAUUGAGCAAGAUGCAGGGUAGACCCUUGGCACGUCACCAGCAUAUUACAGGGCUGACAAACAGAGACAAACAACCAUUCAACCAUUUUAGAGACUCAAAUUAACCCAGUCUUUUGAUUGUGGGAGGAAGCAGGAGAAAAUUCAAACAUGCAAACUGCCAAUCCGGGAUUCAAACCGGGAACCUUGUUGCUGUGAGUGAGCGCUAACCACCACACCAGGAACAAAAUCAAUAGGGUAUAUGACAAACAAUUUUUUUUAUUUAACAAUAAAGACAUCAGGGAUAUAAUGGAUGUAAAAGGUAAAUUCUACCUCAUAUUUCCCACCUUUGUAGCAGUGUUUGCAGCAACUACCUAGUUACUUCAAGUACAACAUUUAUUUACAUUAUUACCACGACCAGAUUCAUUUCAGUGAUGCUAACUGCAUAUGGUGUGGGGAAACCUUACAGCUUUUCAAUGUGGGGAAAGCGUUGCAGCGAGCAGCUGAAAUGAAGUCAGAGUGGUUAAUGAGAGUGAACCAAAGAGAACAUGAGGCUCCCUGUGACAGACAAUAUGGUGCUAUAGGAUGAACCUGAUCCGACUUGGCUUGGGUGCUUCAGAGUGUGUAUUUAUUACCAGUGUGCUUGUUAUUUAGGAAACCUUGUUGUAGUUUGAAACUCAGAAUACAUGAACCACAAAGACACAGUGUGAGACAUUAUGAUGAACUACUGAGGCUGCUCUAAUGCUGCUGCUGCUAUUGGAAGAGCACACACUGCCAUGCACAUUCAUUUUACUUUCUUAACACGAGCAGCAGCUGAUUGAUAAAUUAACAAGCACUUCUCAU